AUGGCGUCUCGGACCGGGCAAACUCCAAACCUCACCUUCUCCUCUUCCUCCUGCACCAACGACUCCCCCGCGAACACCGAAUCCACCUCGCAUUCGCACUACUCUAUCACAAUGUCUCUCCUCGGAAAGAAGUUCCCCGGCGCUCUCGCUGGCCCCAUGACCCCCUUCUUCGCUGCUGGUCUCAUUGUCCUCUACGGCGUCAACUCUCUGCAGAACGCUCUGUCCAACACCGCCGAGUUCAAGAACGAUCCCCGCAACCCCAACGCUAAGGCCGGCAACUCCCACUAA